AUGGCGUCAACCUCUAGCUCCGCCUCAACUCCGAAAUCUUUCUCACCGCCGGCUUCACCCUCUAGCUCCUCCUCAUCUCAGAAGUCUUUCUCGCCGCCAUCGUCACCGACGUCGCAACCGGAGGAAGGUUCCCUACGCGAUCCGUUUGUGCCGGAGAUAAAGGAGCCACCGCGAAACUACUUGUCAGAAAGAGUGAAAAAGAGAAAACGCGCGGAAGAAUUCCAAGACAAAUCACUCCUCCACGGCUUCGAACUCCAAGAGCACGCGGCGAAGCUCCUCGAAUCCAACGACCUCUCGUCGCUGCAAGAAGCAAUCCACGAGUACGCGGAAUCCAAGAAAGAAAUAUUCAAGACAAUUUUCAAAUCGUUCAUACGUUAUUACCCUAACGCAUUCUCAUUCAAGCUCGCUAAAAUCCUCGAACUCCACCCUCCGCUUCAAAUACGAACCGAAAUCGUUGCUCUUCUCCAUGAGGUUUUUCCGGAAGGGGUAAACAAUCCAAUGAACUCAUCUAUCCUCAUUGAACUCAAAAUUCCUUUUCUUCAGUCCCUCAUGUUAGAAUCUGAAGAAAAUUUGUCUCGAUUGCUAUGCGAAUCGACCGGUCUCCUCGCCGACAGGUUGUAUCGAACUUCUCUUGGCAUCCUCGUUGGCAGUUUGAGUCAAUCUUCUCUCGGCGGUUGGGUGGAGCUUCUCGAGUACACUGUCACGUGCCUUGCCGGAGAUUCCGAAUCGGAAAACAAGAAAGGGCUUAUGUUGUUAUCCGAAUUACCUCUGGAUGUUGCUCAAAAUAGAGAGUUUUGGCUGAGUCGCGGGAACUUCGAACUUGCCUUUGCCAACAUCUUGGAAUCUAUUUACUCAACGGAUAAUGAUAUAAAAGGAUUGGCAUACAAUGCAUCGAUUUCAUUGAUGUUAUAUUCAAAGGAUCUCAAGAGGACUGAUAUAUGUGAUUUUUUCGUGCCAGUUUUGUUGAAUAUUGUCGAUCAACACAGAGAAGAAGUGAUUCUGUUGAGUAGGCUUAAACGUUUGGGUGAUUUAGUUUCGCUGGAUGAUGGAAAUAUCUUCCAGAAUAAACAUGAUGUACUGUUUUGGUGUAUGAUUCGAGUAGCGGAGGCAACAGAUGCAAGCGAGCAACUGAGAUCUGAAGCAGUUUAUGUAAUCAAGGAGCUUGAUACUGCGAAUGUGAAUGUGAUUGAAAAUAUGAUGAAGACUCUUUCUGAGUACGAAGUGAGAAGGAUAUUUGCAGUUGCUAUGAAUAUGUUAUCGUAUGUUAUUGAAGAUCCUAUUUGGUAUGAUGUUGACAGUAAGGAUUGUAAAGCUGCUGGGUUGACAGAUAGUUUCAAGCGCGGGCAAUUCCUGUUGGAAUGCCUCUCUAUAGAUGGGAAUGAGAGUGUCUUUGUUCCCACGGCAAUUGGGAUGAUAACAAUGAAAUAUGCACCGAGUAUCGAUUGGAAGCUACGUCAUGCAGCUAUGAUGGCCUUUGCUACAAUUGCACAUAAUAACUUCAAAGAAAUGGUAUGCAUAUAA